UGCCUCAAAAAAAAAAAAAAAAAAAAAAAAGAACAGAAAAAACUAAAUAUAUAAAAGAAAAUAAGCCGGGCGCGGUGGCUCACACCUGUAAUCCCAGCACUUUGGGAGGCCGAGGCGGGCGGAUUACUUGAGGUCGGAAAUUUGAGACCAACCUGACCAACAUGGAGAAAUCCCAUCUCUACUAAAAAUACAAAAUUAGCAGGGCAUGGUGGCACAUCCCUGUGAUCCCAGCUACUUGGGAGAUAGAGGCAUGAGAAUCGCUUGAACCUGGGAGACAGAGAUCGCGCCAUUGCACUCCAGCCUGGUCAACUAGAGCAAAACUCCAUCUCAAGAAACAAAAAAAGAAACUGAUAGAUCUCUUACACAAAUACGCUGGGACAACUAACUGGAUAUCCACGUGGAAAAGAAUAAUGUUGGAUCCCUAUGUAACAUCAUCAAACAUUUUAUUAUAAAAAAGAAAAGAGAGAGAGAGACGAGGAAGGGAGCCCUGCGGGAGGGGGUGUUACUUUGUCGCCCAGGCUGGCCUGAACUCCCAGGCUCGGCGAUCCUCCCGCCGCUGCUUCCUGAAUAGCUGGGACCUCAGGCUCCCGCUCCCGCGCCCAUAUCCCAGCUGUGUUUAAGCCGCAGGUAGUAACCUCACCCAUCCUUGGCCUGAGCACUCCAUCCUGCAUCUCAGGCAGUGGCCUGAGUCUCUAAAGCUGAGCACUGCGUGGACUCUCUCCCAAGUGAAUGGAGAAUAGAAAGGGAGAGGAUUUCUAUUCGGUUCUGUGGGCCGUCAGCAUGAAAUUGUACCUUCCGCCCAGGCAGGGCUUUGCAUUUCACAUUCUAGUUUGCAUCCCCGUUCCAGAUAAUUCCAGGGCUUUUGAAUCAUGCCUCAGCCUUCCUGGCCGGUCUCGCCUCCAAAACCCGAAAAAUGCCUCUGCGCUGGGAACGAUGCUGACUCACAGGUCCCGCCCUGGCCCCGCCCACUGCUGGUUCUAAAGGGGAAAGUCUCUCGGCUUCCCACCCCGCCCCUACCUCGUCCAGGCCCCGCCCACCUCGCGGGCCCCGCCCAGACCUGGCUUCUGUACUGCGCGCGCAGAUUCGCGCAAACCCGGAAGCGGAUUACGUGGAGUGAAGGUUACGCCGUGGCGGAUUGACUUCUAAGGACUCUUGGUACAUGAGGAAGAAACUCGGAAGGGGAAGAGGAAAGCAAAGGCGUCAGGAAUGGUUCUUCCUCAGGGUCUAUUGACAUUCAGGGACGUGGCCAUAGAAUUCUCUCAGGAGGAGUGGAAAUGCCUGGACCCUGCUCAGAGGACUCUAUACAGGGACGUGAUGCUGGAGAAUUAUAGGAACCUGGUCUCCCUGGGCUGGAGUGCAGUGGCACAAUCUCGGCUCACCACAACCUCCGCCUCCCGGGUUCAAGCUAUUCUCCCACCUCAGCCUCAAAAGUAGCUGGAAUUACAGGUAUUUUUUCUAAAUGUGAGAUCAAGGAAUUACCACCAAAAAAGGAGAGUAAUACGGGAGAAAUAUUCCAGACAGUAAUGUUGGAAAGACAUGAAAGCCACGACAUACAAGAUUUUUGCUUCAGAGAAACCCAGAAAAAUGUGCAUGACUCUCAGUGUCUGUGGCAACAUGAUGAAAGACAUUAUAAGCGAGUGUGUGUGACCUGUAAGGAAAGUCUCAUUGGUAGAAGAGACAUGCUUGGAAGAAAGGAUGAUGCACAGAAGCAGCCUGUUAAAAAUCCGCUUGGAUUAAACCUGCAGUCACAUCUACCAGAACUGCAGCUAUCUCAAGCUGAAGGGAAAAUAGAUAAAUACGAUCACAUGGAAAAAUCUCUCAACAGUAGUUCCUUAGUUUCCCCACCCCAACGUAUUUCUUCUACUGUCAAAACCCACAUUUCUCAUACAUGUGAAUGUAAUUUUGUGGAUUCAUUAUUCACACAAAAAGAGAAAGCAAAUAUUGGGACAGAACACUACAAAUGUAAUGAGCGUGGCAAGGCCUUUCAUCAAGGCUUACAUUUUACUAUACAUCAAAUAAUCCAUACUAAAGAGACGCAAUUUAAAUGUGAUAUAUGUGGCAAGAUCUUCAAUAAAAAAUCAAACCUUGCAAGUCAUCAAAGAAUUCAUACUGGAGAGAAGCCAUAUAAAUGUAAUGAAUGUGGCAAGGUCUUCCAUAAUAUGUCACACCUUGCACAGCAUCGCAGGAUUCAUACUGGAGAGAAACCAUAUAAAUGUAAUGAAUGUGGCAAGGUCUUUAAUCAACUUUCACACCUUGCACAACAUCAAAGAAUUCAUACCGGAGAGAAACCUUAUAAAUGUAAUGAAUGUGGAAAGGUCUUCCAUCAAAUUUCACACCUUGCACAACAUCGGACAAUUCAUACUGGAGAAAAACCUUACGAAUGUAACAAAUGUGGCAAGGUGUUCAGUCGCAAUUCCUACCUUGUACAACAUCUGAUCAUUCAUACUGGAGAGAAACCUUACAGAUGUAACGUAUGUGGAAAGGUCUUCCAUCAUAUUUCACACCUUGCACAACAUCAGAGAAUCCACACUGGAGAGAAACCUUACAAAUGUAAUGAGUGUGGCAAGGUCUUCAGUCACAAGUCAUCCCUAGUAAAUCACCGGAGAAUUCAUACUGGAGAGAAACCUUACAAAUGUAAUGAAUGCGGCAAGGUGUUCAGUCGCCAUUCAUACCUUGCCCAACAUCUGAUAAUUCAUACCGGUGAGAAACCUUAUAAGUGUGAUGAAUGUGACAAAGCAUUCAGUCAAAAUUCACAUCUUGUACAACAUCGCAGAAUUCAUACUGGAGAGAAACCCUACAAAUGUGAUGAAUGUGGCAAAGUCUUCAGUCAAAAUUCAUACCUUGCAUAUCAUUGGAGAAUUCAUACUGGAGAAAAACCUUAUAAAUGUAAUGAAUGUGGGAAGGUCUUCAGUCUAAACUCAUCCCUAGCACAUCAUCGGAAAAUUCACACUGGAGAGAAACCUUACAAAUGUAACGAAUGUGGCAAAGCUUUUAGUAUGCGUUCAAGCCUCACUAAUCAUCAUUCGAUCCACACUGGAGAGAAACAUUUCAAAUGUAAUGAAUGUGGCAAACUCUUCCGCAACAAUUCAUAUCUUGUACGUCAUCAGAGAUUUCAUGCCGGAAAGAAAUCUAACAAAUGUAAUUAAUGUGGCAAAGUGUUCAGUUAGCAUUAAAGCCUUGUAAGACAUACAAUCAUUUAUACUGGAGAAAAACUUUGGAAGUAUAAUAAAUGUAGCAGAGCCUUUAGUUUUUGUUCAAGGCUUAAUAACCGUUAGCUAGACCAUAGAGGACAGAAACUUUACUAAUGUAUUGAAUGUGGCAAGGUCUUAAGGUAAAAUCUGAGAUCAGGAUUUUUCAAAGAAUUCUUGCUGGUGAGAAACCUAACAAAUGUAAUGAAUGUGGCAAGGUCUUCUGGCACAAUUGUCACAUUGUACAAUAUUGCAAAAAUUCAUGCUUGAGAGAAACAGAAACACUGAGAGUGGGAAACCAUUAUGACUUCAAACAUUCAUCAACAUCAGAGAAUCCAUACUAAAGAGCAUUUAUAAUAAUUAUAUGUGAUAGAGAUUUUCCGCAGGCCAAAGUCUUACUAGGCAUCAAAAACUUUUUUGAUGAAACCAUACAAAUGUAACGUGCAUGCUUAAGCUUUUACCCAGGGAUCAAAAGCGGAACAUCACAGGGUUUAUACUGGAGAGUAACUACACAAAGAUAAUGAAUGUAAUAAGCCUUUCAGUGUAAUAUUCAUGAUUUUGUCGUGAGAGAUCCACUCAAUAAAAACCAGGCAAAUGUA